GAGACUGAGCUUCAGUUAGCUAGUUUACUAUAAUCAUCACAACAUGGCAAAAACGACGGAUUAAUGAACGUUUCAACGCUAACAGCAAGAGUUUUAACUUAAUAUGAGAUGCGCAUUUGGCAGCUUUCUACCGCGACGAAGUGAAAUUAUUUGUAAACACACAACACGUGAAGAUUUUUCUAAAUAAAGAAAAAUAAAGCAGAGGGGGAAACUGCCAAUGGUCGUUGUUAGAACCACAUUUUGAGGUAGAGGAGAUCGAUAUGGCGCUAAGAGAGUUAAAAGUCUGUCUUCUGGGGGACACCGGCGUUGGGAAGUCGAGUAUUGUUUGGAGAUUUGUGGAAGACAGCUUUGACCCAAACAUCAACCCAACAAUUGGGGCAUCCUUCAUGACCAAGACAGUGCAAUACCAAAACGAGCUGCACAAGUUCCUGAUCUGGGACACGGCAGGACAGGAGCGGUUUCGUGCCCUGGCACCAAUGUACUACAGAGGGUCUGCGGCAGCCAUCAUUGUUUAUGACAUCACAAAAGAGGAAUCCUUCACAACACUAAAGAACUGGGUGAAGGAGCUGCGCCAGCAUGGACCUCCCAAUAUAGUGGUCGCCAUUGCUGGCAACAAAUGUGACCUGUCAGACGCCAGGGAAGUGCUAGAGAAGGAUGCCAAGGACUACGCUGACUCUAUCCAUGCCAUCUUUGUAGAAACCAGUGCCAAGAAUGCCAUUAACAUCAACGAGGUGUUUAUAGAGAUAAGUAAGCGCAUCCCCCUUGCUGAAUCAGCAGGAGGCACUUCAGGAAAAGCUUUCAAACUGGGACGUCAGGCCUCAGAGUCUCGCAGGACGUGUUGCUGAUGAUGCCGGUGACUGUCCCUACAUGACCUUUGACCUGACCUUUGCUCUCUCUGUGUCCCCAGCAUGCUUCAGCGUACAGCCACCACACACUCAAACACCCCUCAUGCCUGAUAUGGGCCUAUAGCAUUACCACUUUAAUGACAAAAGCAAAUAAA